AUGACUCUAGUGAAAGAGGAAAAAGCUUUUAAGCCGAGUGAAACGAAGCGGAUCGUGAAGAAUGUGGUCAUCAUCAGCUUGGCUUUUAUGGCUCACUUUACAGCGUACAGUGGAGCUGCUAAUCUUCAGAGCUCCAUAAACCCUGAAGAAGGCCUUGGCCUGAGUUCGCUAGCUGCCGUGUAUGCUGGACUUAUAUUGUCCAAUAUAUUCCUACCAACAGCUGUGAUUAAAUGGAUCGGAACGAAAUGGGCGAUUUCGCUCUCGUUCGUGACGUAUAUGCCGUUCAUAGCCGCUCAGUUGUGGCCUUCCUUCUACACCAUGAUACCAGCUGGCCUGUGCGUGGGCUUGGGAAGAGGGGGCCGCUCUGGUGCGCCAAAUGCACCUAUUUAUCUGUGGUGUCGGAGGUACACAGCAAGAUAUCAAAUAUAUCAGUCGAAGCGUUGCUGA